AUGAUGCAAUUUAAAGAUGUUAUGUCAGCUCUCCCCACAAUAAAUCAAUCAAUCAAUCAAUCAAUCAAUCAAUCAAUCAAUAUUUCUUUGCUAAUUUAUUUAUAAUACUCAAUUGAUUUUAUUAAACCCCCUAACAAACACUCUUUAUCUAACAAAUCGUUUGCAUGUUAUUUCUUUAUUCAGCACCUGCUAUUUUCAUAUGAAUAAAACUUAUAAGACACAUUCGUUACGGCGAUUUUUAAAAAGUGCUAAAUUCAAUUAUAGCUUUGGCGACAAAAUAAAGAAAACAUGAUUUUUUAUUAGAACCAAAUUAACAAAUUAAUGAUCAACUAAUUAAGAUAGUAAAGAUAAUAUGCUAUAGAAACUUCAAGCAGUGAUGACAUAGAUAUGUUGAAUUCUGAAAGAAUUGAAUGCUUUAAAGUAAAUAAGAUUUAUUAAAUGGCAAAAAUAUUCUUUAAAAAAAAAAUGUAAUUCACUGCCAAAAGCUCUUUAACUAAAUAAAUAAAUAGAAUUCAAUUUGGUUGGUAAGAAUUUGAAAUUAUUGAUUUCACAUCAAUCACCAGUACAAUGAUUACAUCAAGCUUUUUUAAAUAAAUAGAGGGUAGGAAAGAAAGGAGCUUUUUGGUGGAUAAAAUAAAUUCUUUCUUAACUUUUUAUUAGAGUUCAAUAAAAUACAUGGUAUUAUUAUUUUUGAAAAAUAAUUAUAUAUUUACCACAAUCAAACAUUAAGCUAAGGUGCUAAUUAUAUUAAAAAUAAAACACUUCUUUUUAUAAUAUUUUGAUGGAUGA